UCGCAUGGGCUACAAUUAGUUUAACUUACAAAAGAUGCAAAAAGGAGCUCUUGUUUGAAUUCCAAGAUGCUUCGAUUAUGUGCAUUUAUGUGCUUGUUAGCGAUGACUUUAGCUAUUCCUCGUCGACAAAGACAGACCACUUUAGCUCCUACUACCCAACAUAGAAAUGAAGAUCCAAUGAAGGGAUAUACUUCAUCGAAAUUAGGAUUGAUCGAAGAACUGAUGCGUGGAUACACUGAACAUGGGCCAAACAAAGACCAAGAAACACCUGUUCGAUCAAUUCAAACACAACCCUCAGCAGAAUUGUCUCCGGCUUUUCUAGCGGAAUAUGAAGAGCAGGAUUUUACUGAAGAGGACUUUUCAAAGACCCAAGAUCACUUUGGAAUUCCAGGCCAAGAUUAUACUAAACCCGUUGGUGAAUAUCCUGGCUCAGUAACAGGAACAACCGGUACAAAACCUUAUAACAACCAACAACCAGAAUCAACAGUACCGAAAGAAGCAUUAGAUAAUAUUCACUCGAAUGCUCAAGCGUGGUUUGAUUCGUUGGCUGAAAGCGCAGGCAAAUUUAGCGCAGAGGAUGUUGCAUCGUUCCGCGGAAUACCAGGUGUGAAUUUCCCAGAUUAUGAAGAUAUUCCUUCGACUCCUUUUACUUGUUUUGACAAACAAUAUCUGCCAGGAUUCUAUGCAGAUAUGGAUACUGGUUGCCAGGUUUUCCAUAUGUGUUUUGAGAAUAGGAAAGUAAGUUUCCUAUGUCCAGUGGGAACAGUAUUUAAUCAAGCGCUUCUAACUUGCGACUAUUGGCACCAUAGCGACUGCUCCAGAACACCUUUGCACUACAGCUCAAACGUUGGUAUAGGAUAUAAUCCAAAUCGUGGACAAAAUCCACAUGACCCUACAAAUGAGUAUGAAAAAGGCUUUUCAAAUCAUUCUUCCUCACAUGAUACCUCAAAGGGAACACCUGUUCCUGAAACUCAAGUGAAUACUCCUAGGCCAAAUCAUGAAACUGAUCAGUCUAGAAAUUCCAAUCAAGGAACUGUAGUUCCAGAAGUUAACAAAGGAAAGCAACCACCACGAAAGCCAGCCGAGCCACAAGAUGAAUAUAAUUUUUCAGCUCACAGAUAUUUAGAUCUUUUCUUGAGAUUUUUCCCAAUCAAAGCUAAAGUAACAAUGUUCCCUGAAAAUGGCCAAACAAAAGUGGAAGCAAUUACUUCAAUUGGUGACAGUAUGAAGCAGAGAAUAACUGUAUACCCAGUCGCAAAUAAUUCAAAGGUCGUAGCAGAGGCUUCAAUUGGAGAAAGGAGAAGGCAAAACCGCCCACAAGUAGGGGGAUAUUCGGCUGUUAACCAAGCACCAGAGAGGCAGAAUCAGAAAAAAGGUAAAGAUAUUGACCAGUCUGUCUUUAAUGACAUAGAUGAUGCAUUUGCUAUUGUUAGAAGAGUUCUGGAACAUGUAGGCAGGCUUCUUCCCCGAACCACUACUGUAAACAACAAUGAGGAAUCUACUUCUAAUUCUGGGGCUGCCAUUAGUGGCAGAAGAAGUUCUUGUCGAUGCAGGAUAGGGCCUCAUUCUCAUGAUCGUCACCACCCCGGGCGUCCAAAACACUGUAGGUGCCAUCGACCUCUUACAGCACUAAAUCCAAGAUUUAUCGUAAAACCUGUUGUAACAAUUUAUAACCGCUCAACAAGGGUCUUUAAAUAAGAAUGGAUUUUUGACCAGGUCUUACUUUAUUAAAUAAGAAUUGCAAUUUGAUGCAUAUGUUACUAAACAAGAAUUACAUUUUAAUGAAUAUAUUGUUUAUGAUUAUUUGAAAGAAUCUUAUUCUAUAACGUAUUUAAUUUUUUAUAUUUAGUAUCAUGAAAAUAAAUAUUUUAAUAUCUAAGUGUCUAAAGCAAUAUUAAAAAUAGAAGCUAAUUAAAAGUGAAUCUUAUUAUUAAAUACAAAAUAAGAAUUCUUGCUAUUUGUUUAAAUAUAGAUAAAAGUAAAAGAAUUAAAAUGAAACACAUACUAAAGUUUAAGAAACGAUCAGAGCAAGUGUAAAAAUUAUUUGUUAAUUUUAAUGAAAGUUAUUGUAAUUUUACUAAUAAUUAAUUGAUAAAAAACAAUUGCUUGCUAGUAAAAAAAUUAUGAGUUUGGAAGUGUAAUUUUUACUACACGAGGUAAAUGCAUAUUACAUUUAACUCCACAAGGGCAAAAAGUUCUCAUUCACAUGCUUUAUUUUAAUAACUUUUAUACCAUUUCUUAUUUUCACAUUGAAAAGUCUUUACAUAUUUGCAUCACACAUUCUCUUCUAUACCCUUUUUGAUUUUCUUCUACAUUACACUUAGAAAAUUCUACACAUUUGCAUACAAUUUCCACUAAUAUAUGAUUACUACUAAUUAAUUGUAUAUUACUGGUUACUUAUAAUUUAUGUACAAUUAUAAUACAAUCUCCUUCAUGAAAUUUCUUAUUUUCCUUUCUUUAAUUUCUCAUUCUCUUACUUUAAUUCUCCUUUAACACAAAAAUUUUCAUGGAAGAGUAUUUGAAUUGCAUGGAUUUUGGUAUUUAAUAAAAAGUUCAUUUUUCUGUUUCUAAAACUGAUUGAUUGCCAUCCCAAGUUGAAUCAUUAAUUUGUUAGCAAAUCUGAUCUGAUAAAUCUGAUUUAAAAAAAAAUAGUUUUUGCUUGAAAUAUUGAAUUUUUAAAAAAAAUUUCGAUACAUAAAUUGUAAAAUCAUUUUGAAAUAUUGAAUGACACACAUUCCAUGAGUUUCAACGCUUAAAGUGUUUUUCUUUAAAAAUUUGUCCAUUUAAUAUAAAGUUUAAAAAAAAAUUAGGAAUUCUGAUUAUCUUCUGAUAUUACGCGAAAGGAUUUUAUUGAUUUCGAUGUGUGUAAUAAUUCCGCAAAAGAAAUGUAACAUUUUAUCCAAUUUUAAAUAAAGUCAUUUGAAUUAAAA